UUAUUGUGCAAGCACAAACUUAUACACAGGACAUCUCCCAGCACCGUAGCACCUUUUUGAAGUGGACGUCCUUGCCACAAUUGUCCAGCUUACUGGUUCAUCACCUUGCUCACACGACAUCACGAAACAAUAUCGCGCCUUACAGCCAUUUUCAACAAGUCACUUACCUAUACACAUCAACACCUGGCAGAGAGGUGUCGUCAGCGAUAAUGACAGGCCCAAUUCGCCUACGAGUCCGGGGUCCCCAGGGUCAAGCCACCAUAAGCAUCGACAGCCACGCGUUAUGGAGCGAUCUCCUCCACGAGAUAUCAGAAAAGACUGGUGUCGCAGACUUCGACCUGAAGCAUGGUUUCCCACCUCAGGCACUGAACACUGAAUCGAUUGAUGGCGGGACAAAACUUUCGGAUCUGCCACUUCGACUCAGCGGCGAACAACUCACAGUCAGCCCUCGAAAUGUCCAAGCAAGUCUUUCGAGCCCAAUGUCCGGAUCACAGGCUCCCAUAAGCCAAGCACAGUCUUUGCCGCCACUGAACCAAAUAUCGCCUCCAACUCACGACUCUGGCGAUUUCCCUUCCAAACCUCUCAGUUUGACCCGCAAAACGAAGGGCGAUGUCGAAAGUGAUCCUCCCGAGAUACCUGUACCUCAACUGGAAGGCGUCAUGGUCCUGCGCGUGAUGCCAGACGACAACAGCUGCAUGUUCCGAGCUCUAUCUUCGGCUGUGCUCGGAUCUGCUCUUGAUGGCAUGGUUGAAAUGCGUAGCAUCGUAGCACAAACGAUCCAAAAGAAAUCCGAUUUCUACACGAAGGGAGUACUCGAGAAGGAACCCGAAGAUUAUUGCCGCUGGAUUCAGAGAGCGGACGCGUGGGGCGGCGGGAUUGAAUUGGCAAUCCUGAGCGAACACUUCGAUAUAGAGAUCUGCAGCGUUGACGUACAGAGCCUCCACGUUCACAAGUUCAAUGAAGGAAAGCCGCGGCGAUGUAUUCUGGUGUACUCGGGUAUACAUUACGAUGUAUGUGCUAUAACGCCGUACAAUGGCGCGGACCCAGGAGAGGAUCGCAAAGUUUUCGAUGUACUACAGCUCGACGACGAGCAGAUGGAUGGAGGGGCAUUGGAUGCUGCGACAGAGCUUUGCAAAGUCCUGCAGAGCAGACAUUACUAUACUGACACACAUGCCUUUUCGCUGAAAUGCAACCAGUGCGGUGAUAAAGGCAACGGGGAGCGCUGGGCCACGUCUCAUGCGAAGCAGACGGGACAUAUGGAUUUCGGCGAGGCCGAUUGAGGUUGAAAGCGACUCGAGUGGCGCAGGCGUGGGAUUUUGUUCAAUUGCCUUGAUAUACCUUGUCAAUCUCCAACUUCCAAC